AUGCGCGGCGAUAAGGUCCACUGGUUCUCCAUUCUCAACUCCCUCGUCGUCAUCUCCUGCCUGGCUGCCGCGGUUUUCGCGAUUCUCCUCCGAUCCGUGCAUCGCGAUCUAGCCAGGAUCAACAGCAGGGACAAGGAGGAGGCUCAGCAAUUGGCGGACGAGAGCGGGUGGAAGCUGCUGGUGGGGGAUAUCUUUCGGUCGCCUCCUCAUCCCGAGGUGCUGUGCAUUAUCGUGUCGAAUGGCUCGCAGCUGCUGUGCAUGGCAGUGGUGACAAUCUUCUUUGCAGCGCUGGGGUUCAUGUCUCCUGCGUCCAGGGGUAGCACAGGCGCGGUGCCGUUCUCUCUGUUCUCCUACCUCUUCCUCCUCUGGUUCGUCAUUUCCGUCCCUCUCACCAUCCUCGGUUGCAACCUUGGCCUCAAGGAGCCGAAAAUUGCCUAUCCGAGGGUGUACUAUGGGUUUGGAUUCCUCUUCGUCGUCCUCAUCCUACUCAUGCUGGUGUGCGCAGAAGUGGCUGUUGUCUUCACAUACUUCCAGCUCACCAUGGAAGAUUACCGCUGGUGGUGGCGAAGUUUAUUCGCCUCAGGGUCGGUUGCGUGUUACGUGUUCCUCUUCUGUGUUUUGUACCUUGUGGUGGACUUACGACACAUGCGCAGCCUGCUUUCCGCCACCAUAUUCCUCUGUUACUCCCUGCUCAUGUCCCUGGCAAUCUUCCUCGCAACUGGGACCGUUGGGUUCUUCUCAUCUGCAUAUUUUGUGUACUAUCUUUUCUCAUCCGUCAAACUUGACUAG